UGGUGAUUGUUUUGGGAGCUUUUUUGCAGAGUUUUAAAUUUUUCCAAGAUGCCUAGAAGAGAUAUGACACUUGCUGAAAGAAUUGUUGUGCUGGAUGAAAUCAAGCGACAUACACCUAGUACCAGUAACCGUCGUUUAUCGCAACUUACUGGUGUACCAAAAUUUACAAUUGCUCGCUUAAUGCAGCAUGAGCAUAAACUACGUGAAGAAUGGGAACUGUGUAAAGGACAGCACCAAGCAUCUCAAAUGCGGAAGCGGGAAGGAAAGAAUCCCGGUGUUGAGGAGGCUCUGAAUCUGUGGUUUCUUUUUGCAUCUGGACAAAGAAUGCGUGUUAAUGGUCCAGUGUUGAAAAGAAAGUCAGAGGAAAUAGCUAAGGAAUUGGGCCAUGAUGACUUUAAAGCAACAGAUGGUUGGCUGUCUCUGUGGAAAUGUAGACAUGAGAUUAAAUUCAGGAAAACGUGUUACGUGAAAAAUUAUGCUGGUAUUUCCAGCUGUGAAAUGUAUGAAUCCAACAAAAUGUCCAAUUUGUUACCAUAUGAGAGAAGUGAGGAAAGCUGUACAUAUGCAUUUGGACAAGUAACCUCAGAGGAUGCAAUGAGAUUUAUUCAUGGUUUGCGAUGCUUCUUCUUGCAGGAAGGCAAUGAAGGUAGUCCAUUGUCUGCAUUAAAUGCCUGUGCUGAAUUUGUUUAUUUACUGUCACUCAAAAAAACAUAGCGAAAGGCGCUGGAUCUACUUGCUCAUUUAAUUACUGUUAGACAUAAUAAUAGAAUGAUAGACUGCUGAAAAUACCAUUUGUUGGCCCAUCUUCUGUUGACUCUUGUAGUCAUCUCACGAACAGCUAACCCCUCUUCAACUGUACGCCGCCAUGUUGACUAGCUAUCAAGCCCUGGAUUCUACCUUCAGCAAUCCCGUCGCCACUUGCCCGUCUUUGCCUCAUUCCUCUUCAGGAGAGACUCAUCACCAACAACAGCACUGCUUCCAGCUGCCUUUGGAACGGCAAGAGGGGCUGUGGCUGAACGGUUGUUCCGUAGCCACUAUCUGCCAGGAAGACUUCUGGUGGAGGACAGAAGAUCCGUAUCCUAAAGAUUUCUUAGACUUCUGCCAAGCCGACAACAUUGUCGAGACCCCAGCGGCAAUGGAAGUCAUCGAUCCAGAGGAUGACCUCAAACGCCUCAUCAGUAACGAUCUGAAAUUGAGGCUGAGUGGAUACUACUAUGGCAAUCUUAGCUGGGUGGAUGCUUCUCAUCUUCUAAAACAAUGUAAAGUUGGUACAUUUUUGGUGCGGGACUCUGAACACUGUAGUUACUUAUAUGCCCUCUCUGUGCAAACCCGCAGGGGUCCAACAAGUUGCCGGAUAGAAUACGACCAUGGGCGUUUUCGAUUAGAUUCUUCUGAAGAACUCACAGACAAAAUGCCUCGCUUCGAGUGUGUAACUGAUCUUGUUGAUCAUUACGUUCAACUAACAAAGAACUUGCCGCGUAAGAGCUCUGUCAAAGAGUUGUCUCCUGUUUGGCUGGACAUGGAUGAAGAGAAUAGUAUGGACGUCCCGGUUCAAAUAUACAAACCUCUGUAUAAGGGGGUUCGAAGCUUGCAACACAUUUGCCGUGUCAAUAUGGUGAGGAUUCAACGCGAACGUUACCCAUCUAUGUCUUUGUCUAGGACUAUUGAAGAAAAUGAGUACAAAGUUUUGCCAACUGUAUUGAAAGAUUACUUGAAAGAGUAUCCGUACUCUCAAUGAUAUAUCCGAAAAUUUAGGAUCUUAACUUCAUUUAAUUAAUUUAGAAUGACUUCUGUCACAAAUGCGGUGAAACCUGUAUUCCACCAAAAAAAAAAAAAGUGUCAGUGCUAUUGUGUGCGUGUGUGUAUGUAAACAAAAUAAAUGCAUGCAAUACUGGGAAAGAGCUACAUAAAUGCUGAGGGAAAAAAGAGGACUAAGAUUUGAAAAGCAUUUUAAAAUAUGUUUUAUGCAAAAAGUAAAAAUUUUAACUACUCUGAAGGUUUUUAUGUGAGUAAUAAUUGUGAUACUAUGUAUUUGGUUUUUAAUAGAAGGUAAGAGAAUGGAUUUUUAAUCUGAAAUUUGUCCGUAUACACAACCUUUUUAUUAUCUUUCUAUUUAAUUUAAUGGUGGAUCUAAUUUUUAUUUUUGAAUUCUAUAUUUUUAAAACACGUUUACUAGCGCUUGUUUGAGUAGAUAUUGCAUAGCUGAAGCACACAUGUUACCGACCACCCGGAGAUUAAAUUUUUUUUCACAUCCAUACAGUUUUUUUAAAGAAAAUAAAAGAGAAAAGUUGUAUAUAUCUUUAUCAUUUUUAUAUCAUUUUUUAACUUUGCUUCCUGAUUAUAAUAGAACUUUAAAAUCGCAGUAACAUUUUGUGAACCAAAAAUUAUUUCUUUGCGGGUAAAUAAAAUAGCAGGUAUUUAUGAUCCUUUAACUACUUAAGCGAGGUUUCGUUUUGUUUCAUUGCAUAAAUCCAUUUUGAAUUUUAACUCUUUUUAUGAAAAGGGACCAAACUGUCAAAACGUUUCAUUUUACGUUUUGCAAAGUGUGCAUUUACCCAUGACAAUAGAAUAAUACCUAAAUUUAGUAUAAUAUUUUCAUUUUUUUGUUGUUGUUGUAUUGAGUAUUUGUAGUUGUACAAGACGUGCCUCGAUGAAACUUACGUUGUAAUAUUUCAUUUGUUUUGUUGUACAUAUGUAUUUUCGAUUUUCCAAGAAAACAGUAUUAUCUGAAAUGAUUUUUAUUCAGACUGAAUGUUUCAAAAUUUUAUUUCACGAAUUUUUAUCUAAUGGGCAUCCAAAAUGCCUAAUUUGAAUUGAAAAUUCUUUGAGUGUAUAUUUGAAAAUUUAUUUAACUAGUAUGAAAUAUUAUUUAGACAUUAGGAUUAUAUAUUUUGAAAUAAAUUUUUUCAUCACA